AUUACGCACGUUACCAAGUUGAGGUUUAAUAUAGGCUCCUGUAAAGCAUGUCUUAAACUAACUCGUUAAAAAUAGAGUUGAGGGACAGAAAUAAGGAUCUUCAUUAAGUAUAAUCUUUCUCAGACGAUUGUUCCUGCUCACAGAUGCAGAUAUGAUGCGCUGUCAGCCUUUGUUCUUUGGCUUCUGUUUGUGUUUCGCUCACAUCAGUGGAUCACAGAACGCAAACAGACCCGUCGCCACACCGGAAGAGGCUUAUUUCGCCGAGGCGUUUGACGCAAACACGCUGGACAGAAACUGGGUUUUGUCCAAAGCGGUGCAAGAUCAGCAACUGAAACUUCUCAAAUAUAAUGGUGAGUGGGUAGUAGAGGAACCAAGUGAACCAAGAUUUGUGGGAAACAGAGGCCUGGUCCUCAAAUCCCCUGGGAGACACCACGCCAUAUCCACGUACCUGAGGAAAGUGUACCACUUUAAAGACAAACCGCUUUGCUUACAGUAUGAAGUUUUCUUCCAGAAGCUGGUUGAUUGUGGUGGAGCCUACAUUAAGUUGCUUUCUCAUUCAGAUGAUCUUCGUUUGAGCCAGUUCAGUGAUGCCACCCCGUACACCAUCAUGUUUGGUCCAGAUAAGUGUGGCAGUGAACACAAGAUACAUUUCAUCUUUAGCCAUCGCAAUCCCAUCACAGGGACGUAUGAGGAGAAACAUGCUCGGCAACCAGAAGUGGAUCUGAGUGACUAUUUUAUUGACCAGCGUCCACAUCUCUACACUUUAAACUUGUAUCCUGACAACACUUUUGAAAUCUUCAUUGACCUGACACUGAUAAACAAGGGCAGUCUUUUGGAUGAUAUGGACACUCACGAAACACAGGGACCUGAAUAUUCAUCACAUGCGGCUUUAGUGGACGGGGUUCAAUCUUCUGACCUUAAGUUGGAACAUGAAAGGUCAGAUGGUGUGGCGUCGCCUCAUGAGCGUUCAUCUCGUCCUGCAUUAUCAAAUCCAGAGAGCCGACCCAGCACAAACCCGAAUGAUAAAGACAGCAGAGAGCAGCGGUUCAGCAUGAGCCCCGUCGCUGCUGUGGGAUUUGAGCUGUGGACCCUCACCGGAGACGUGAUGUUUGACAACAUCUUUCUCUGUGACAGUCUGGAAGUAGCCAGGCGUUGGACUGAAGACACGUGGAGCAAGAGGAAGGCACCUGGAAUGAUCGAGAAGCUGUUGAUGGCGACGGUCAAGCGGCCGUGGCUCUGGGGUGUCUAUGUGUUCACUGUGGGCCUUCCCAUCAUCCUCUUCAUUAGUUUCAUGUGGCCUAAUAAGCGGUUUGGUCCACCAGACCAAAAUUAUUACUAUAAAAAAACAGACCAGCCUCAGACAGAUGGAGCCCAGCACAGGGAGGAACACGUCACUCAUCAUGAUGGUGUAAAUCAAACACGAGUUGAGGCUAAAAGCAGAGCGGUCAAGAGGGCUCCGAGAAGCUCAGAAGUAACGAGUUAACAUUCACAGAGUCAGUGGCAAACCUCAGCAGAGUGACAUCAAGCAUCAUGUUAGUCCACGUCAGUCAAGCUUCCAUCAGCCGGCAAUCAGCUGUUCAUUUUUAUCACCGAGGUUCAUUUAAAUCCCCAUUCAUUCAGCCACUCUUCUUUAGCACGACUGCAUGCU